AUGCCGGAAAUUCAAGAAGAAGAAGCCAAAAAUUUAGGCAUGUCAGUGGAUGAAUAUCGCAAAGCCCUUCGUGCAGUAAGCUGCAAACCGGAUGAAGAGCUGCCUGUACUCAUUGCACCGAGUCCAACACCAUUGCCGCUGACAUCUUCAGGUGUGAUCGGGCGGCGCGCUUUACACCCAAUCGAUUCCUAUGGGCCGUUGGUGAAAACUGGACGUAAUUACCCCACGAGACCGCCACUAGCUCCUGGCCAGGUCUACGAUCCUUAUAAACAAACCAUGAUAUUUUUAGGCGGAGACAUAACUGAUCCAAUAUCAUACAAAUUACCUCCGGCGCGAUCUGAAGUCACCGACGAGAUGUGGACACGGCCGCAACAACUUGCAGUUACACAAUUCAAUUUCAAUAACGCUCAUACAGAAAAAUCG